AUGAGCCAGAUGCAGCGCUGGAGCGGGAGCUGCGUUAGCAGCUGCAGCCGGGCGGACAUGGUGCCCGAGAUCGCCGCCGCCGUGGGCUUCGUGUCCAGCUUGCUGCGGACCCGGGGCUGCGUCAGCGAGCAGCAGCUGCAGGUUUUCAGCGGGGCCCUCGCAGAGGCGCUCACAGAACAUUACAAACAUCACUGGUUCCCCGAGAAACCCUUCAAAGGCUCUGGCUACCGCUGCAUCCGUAUCAACCAUAAAAUGGACCCUAUCAUCAGCAAGGCAGCUAGCCAGAUUGGACUCAGACUCCAGCAGUUAUACCAGCUGCUCCCCAGUGAACUCACACUCUGGGUAGACCCUUUUGAGGUUUCCUACCGGAUUGGUGAGGAUGGAUCCAUUUGUGUUUUAUAUGAGGGAUCAGCAGCACCUGUGAGCUCCUAUGGGAUGCUCACUUGCAAAAAUCAGAUGUUGCUGGGGCGUACCAGCCCUUCCAAAAACUACAUGAUGACAGUCUCCAGCUAAACGCCUCCCCGUUGUCUUUACACUGCCAAGAUAUGGGCUACUGUAUACCUCACCCGAGGAUGUAUUUUUAAAAAAUGAAGAGCUAUUUAUAUUUUUUUAAAAAAGAGAAAAUCCAAAAUGAAAUCCAGUAGCAGGCACUGCUCUUUCUGUGGAGUGGUGUUGAGGUGCCUUUCUAAAGCUGUUGCAAGCUUGUGAGUUUAUUAAAACAAAAACCAAUGCCAAUAUCUACCUAAUUAGUGUUGGAUGACAAUUCUGGAGAGUUGGCCUGCCUAUCUUGGAAACUGCAGGGUUGGAAACCAGAGUACAGGGGGUGGGACUGGGCAAGGGCAUAGCACUUUUAAGCAGUGACUCACUCUGGGGUAAGUGCUACAACAACUGUGAAUCUCAAGGCCAGAAUGCCAGUAUGGUAGUACUUAAGCAAUGAACCAUAUGUGUUGCUUGGGACAUUGUGAGCAUAUUCAAAGAGCCUUGCCUUUUCAUUUCUUCAGACAGUUGCCUGUUCAUUUUCUUACACUGAUCCAAGUUUGUUUCCUCACUAGUUUCACCUGCUGUCCCUGUCUGAGCAACUCUUCCCCCUCCCCAUGACAUCAGCAUGUUGUUAAAACACCCAGUCACAACUGUAGCCACAUUAUCUGUCCCUUGGGUGGUGGGGUUUCAUGUGUAGGCCCAUCCCUUUGCACAAAAGCUUUGAUUCCUUUCUACGCCUCAUCUUGUUCUUCAUGUUCAUGCAAAAUUCCCAGUGGGCAUUGUGAAAUACUAAGGAACUUUGCUUGGCAGGCAGGUCCAGGAUCUGGUACAUCCAUCACAAUGCAAUCCUAAGUACAGUUACACCCUUCUAAGUCCAGUGGGCUUAG